UCUCUAGUCUCACUGAGGCAAUGUCAUUUCUCCCAAAGCACCACUGAGCAAGAGAAACACCCACAGAACUCAACGUGGAGGUUUCACAACUUGUACAGAGAUUCCAGUUCUGAUUACAUAAGCCCUGCUGCCUUAUCAUAACCCCACCACUAGAAUGACUCACGCAAUACAGAGUAAUUUAGUGAAGCUAGGAGGCCACCUAGCUCGGGCAGCAGUGCUCAGCCAGAACCCCCGGAUCAAUAGAUUCCAGCGAUUCAAUUGGGGACACGUCCGCCGGCUGACCACCAUGUCAUCUCAAAUUCCCCUUUCAUCUGACUUUCUAUUCAGACAGAUGUUUGAUCCAACAAGUUGCACGUACACUUAUCUUCUGGCAGAUACUGAAAGCAAGGAAGCAGUUCUCAUUGAUCCAGUGUUGGAACAGGUGGACCGUGAUGCUGGUGUUGUGAGAGACUUGGGGCUUUCCCUGAAGUUUGUUAUGAACACACACAUGCAUGCUGACCACAUUACAGGGACAGGUCUCUUAAAAAAGAAAGUCCCUGGAUGUAAGAGCUUAAUAUCUGAAGCUAGCGGAGCCAUGGCUGAUGUGCAUGUUGAACCUGGUGAAGAGGUCAAAUUUGGACAGCAUAAAUUAGAAGUGAGGUCAACACCUGGGCAUACAAGUGGUUGUGUUACAUAUGUUUGCCAUGAACAGGGUAUAGCAUUCACAGGAGAUACCAUAUUGAUAAGAGGAUGUGGCCGCACUGAUUUUCAGGAGGGAGACCCUGCAGUUUUAUACAAAUCAGUAUAUGAACAGAUUUUCUCAUUGCCAGAUAAUUUCAAGCUGUAUCCGGCUCAUGAUUACAAGGGUUUGAUGGUUACCACUGUUGAGGAGGAGAAGAAGUUAAAUCCCAGGCUAACAAAAUCUCUUGAUCAGUUUAUCGAGAUCAUGAAUAAUUUAAACUUACCGUACCCGAAAAAAAUAGAUGUUGCUGUGCCUGCGAAUCGUGUCUGCGGAAUUCAAGAUGACAAUUGAUUGUGGAUUUGAGUAAACAUCAGAUAUUGGUACAUGCAGCAUUAUUAUCUUGUGCAUACUGUCAGAUAUCUCAGAGGUAUCAGUAACUUGAUAUCUGAAAAUCAUAUCAAAGAGGUACAUGCUGGAUGUCUGCUUUCAGAUGUAUUACAGAUAUGUAAGAUCUAUUGAUUUUGUAUAAAAUUCACAUACAAAAGCAAAGGUGCGAAUACAUUGUUAAAGAUAUGAGGACGAUAUUUUGGAAGAAUAGAGUAUAUUACGGUGGCAGCACGGAGAAGACUCCCCUAAAGUACGAGGGCGGCAUCCCCCUCCAUUCCUCACAGUUGAUGGGGAAAGCCGCUCAACGAAUGAGGGGCCCUCUUGUUCUUCUGUUAAGUCUUCUCCGAGCUGACUCUACCGUAAAAAUGUUGUAAGAGUA